AUGACGGACAUAGCUGUGGGCCAGAUCGUCCAGCUCCCCAAUGGAUGCAAGGGCGAGGUCAGGUUCGUCGGUGAGACGGCGUUUUCCCAGGGCAUCUGGGUAGGAGUCGAACUCGAGGAUGCUAGCGGCAAGAAUGAUGGAAGCGUCCAUGAUAGGCGGUACUUUACCUGCGAUAUGGGCCGGGGCAUGUUUGUGAAGCCGCAGGCCCUUAAGAUUAUCGGCCAAGCUCCGCCGAGGGCGGCGCCGGCUCCCAGGGCGGGUGCAUCUCCUACGAAAUCGCCCACCAAGGGCAUUACACCGACUAGUGCCUCGAGCUCACGAACGAAUACCCCCUCAAAUUCCCGCGUCCCUAGCAUUGGCACCAAACCUAAGACUGUUGGAAGUGUACGGACGUCUAUGGGUCCUCCGCCUCUUCCGAAGACUGCAGCAAAACCUAUGGCAGGUUCGGUGGCGAACCGCCAAAGCAGUGGCUCCACAAGGCUGGCCAACCGACUAUCGCUAGCCUCCUCCAAGCCUCCCAGCAGGGCUGGUAGCUUACGGCGACCAUCGGCGGAUUCACAAGCAACCGGGGCUGAUAGCCGCAGGUCGAGUAAGGAAGAGGGAACUAUGGCCUCCGACAAGAGUGAAACAGAGAUCCUGUCGCCGAAGCCUAGGAGCCCCAUCCUCACCAAGUCUAACCCGGUAGAGAGGCUCACGGCCGUGGCCCAAGGAUCUGCUACUGGAGCAAGAGGGGGCCGGCCUGCGGCGAACGACGCUGCCAACCGCGAGAUCGCGGAUCUCAAGACGAAGAUUAAAAUCCUGGAACGGAAAGCGAUGGAGAACCGAGACAAGCUGGCGACGAUUCCCAAGCUUCAGCAGGACCUUGAGAGAUACCAAACUAUCAUCCAAAAACUGCAGCAAAAGGCCCAAGAUAACAACGAAUCGAGGAAACAAGUAAAAGAGAUGGAGCAGAAAAUAGCUGCCCUCGAAGAUGCCCAAGCUGACCAUGAGACGGAGCUGGAGAGCAUGCUACUUGACCGUGAGAUGGCGGAAGAGCAGCUUGAACACGUCAAGAUGGAUCUUGAGAUGACUAAAGAGCGGCUCGAGGUUCUCCAGCUCGAGUAUGAUAUUUUGCACGCCGAACGGGAGGAGGCUGUCCAAGGUCUUACUCCCGAAGAGCGAGCUAGUGAAAGCUGGAUUGCCAAGGACAGGGAAAACGAAAGGCUAAGAGAAGCUCUCGUGCGGUUUCGGGACAUUACGCGUGAGAAGGAAGCCGAGCUGCUGGAUCAAAAUGCUGCAUUGGAGGAGGACCUUAAGGACUUUGCCGUUACGAAGGAGCAGUUGGGCCAAUGCAAGGAGAAGCUCGAAAAGUCCAGUGACAUCAUUGAGGACUUGCGACAGCAGCUCGAGAACGCUCUUGGCGCGGAAGAUCUAAUUGAGGACCUUACGCAUCGGAACAUGUCCCUAGGCGAGGAGGUCACCGAGCUCAAGGCCGUUAUUGAUGAGCUCGAGACCCUCAAGGAGCUCAACGACGAGCUCGAAGCCAACCAUGUUCAGAAUGAAAAGGAGAUGCAGGAGGAACUUGACUUUAAGGACUCUGUUAUCGCCGAACAAGUUCGACGAGUUACUCAACAGGAGCAAGGCUUGGAAGACAUGGAGUAUACACUCUCCAGGUUCCGCCAACUCGUCACCACUUUACAGACGGACUUGGAAGAUAUGCGCGCCUCUCACGCUGUCACCGAGACGGAGUCGGCGAAGCUGAACGACCGGUCUAGAGCCAUGUUGGACCUCAAUAUGAAGCUGCAGCUAUCUGCCUCCAAAGCUCAAGUCAAGGCUAUCGACUUGGAACUCCGUCGACUCGAAGCGCAGGAGGCGGAGCAGCAUCUCGAGAUUGUCAAAAUGUUCCUCCCCGACAGCUACAAGGAGGAUCAGAACUCUGUCCUUGCCUUCUUGCGCUUCCAGCGAGUGUCGUUCAAGGCCAACAUGCUGCAGGGCUUCAUUCGGGAGAGAGUCGAUGGCCAGGUUCAUCCUGGACACGAGGACGAUGUGUUCUAUGGCCGCGAUGCUAUUGACAAGCUCACUUGGGUGUCGGCCAUGUGCGAACGAUUUGCCAACACGAUCCGACGCUGCUCGCCUGAAGGAUUUGCCAAGUUCGAAUCUACUCUCCAUGAAUUAGAUCCCGUUGAGCGGGCUCUUAACUCAUGGAUUGACGGUCUCAGGAAAGAUGAGCUCAAGGAGAAGAAGUGCGCCGACGAGCUUCAGCGAACUAUUGCCGUCCUUUCUCACCUUGGCGAAGUUCAUCUCGCCGAAGACCUCGCCUCCUUCGCAGACGAGACCUAUAUGCAGACACUAAAUAUGCAGAGCUAUCUCGAGUCCGCAACUAUUUCGUUCACCACCCUCAAGGCCAUGGUGCAGAGGAUCUUGUCCUCUUCCGAAAACGGGCAGGACGAGCUCAGCCAACACUUUGUCAAGCGUGCCGAGCUAGCCAUCGGGCAGACGCGAAGUGCCAAGCUUCUUGCUGGCAAGGCAGUCCGCGCGUUGGAAGAUCUCAAGACUCGGUCUCUAUCCUUGCAGCCCGAAUCUCGAGACGCCUUUGAGCAGGUCGAGAGUGCUGCGCAAGACCUUGCCAAUCUGGCACGCCAGCUUGGUAUCGAUCUGCACACUCUUCUCACUGAGGAAGGUCGCAACGAGCCUUAUACUUUUGCCGAAGUGCAGAGCACCAUCUCGAGGACUACCACCGCCGUCACGUCGUCCAGCGAGUCCGAUCUCUUCUCUACGUAUCUUGCCGGUCUCCGUGUUUCCACGAACCAGCUGAACGACCUCGCCGCUCUCUGCUCCGAUCUCGAUCAAGUCCAGGAAUUCGAUGUCCACCCCGCCCCCUGGGUCGUCAAGUCCAACGAACUCACUGCGCAAAAGACCCGACCAGUCGACGCCGAGGAAGCCAUGAGGCGCCUGAGGGAGGAGUACAACGAGGCCCGUAGGACGGUAGCCCAGCGCGACGACACCCUCAGCACCGCCCUCCUCAAGAUCGAGACCCUCGAGUCUCGGAUGAAGGACGCCCAGGCCAAGGUUAACCGCAUGGGCGAGCUCGAAGGUGAUCUCGAAGGCGUCAAGAAGCAGAACAUGGGUCUCAUGGAGGACAUCGAGAAGCAGGACCGCGAGCUCCGCGUUCUCGAAGCCGAGCGCGACAAGUGGAAGAAGGUGGCCGGCGACAGCCGCGCCUUCGUCGAGGGCGUCGGCGAGGCCAACACCAAGGUGGGCCAGGAACGCGCCGUGGCGACGGCCCGGCAGAUGGAUGGCCUUAGAGGGGAAAUCACUAAUCUGCAGGCCGCCGUGCGCUACCUGCGCGAGGACAACCAGCGGGCCAGGACGACGGAGCAGCAUAAGUACGCGUGGCUCGCCGAGCCGCUCAAGAAGCCGCCCUCCGUUGAGCAGCGGAGACGGGCUGUCGUGGCGGCUGAGGGGCGUGACGUGCUCGGGGAGCUUCUGCGCAUUGCGUCGUCGGCUAAGGUGUACGAUUUGACGACGCUGCCCGAGGAUAAGCUUGCUUGGAGGAGGGCGAAGACUACGCCGCAGUAUCAUGCUGCUAAGCAGGCCGAGGACUACGCUGCCUGGAAGAGCUGGCAGGAGGAAGUUGUGAAGAAGUCUAGGACCGUUCUUGGUGGGAAGCAUGCCGCGAAGGCUGGGAACAGGGCUCUUGCGAGGCUGCAGAUUCGUCUCCCUGGUGCUGAUGGGAAGGUGAUUCCUGGUACUGGCAAGGACGUGCAAAUUGUUGGCUCUGCGGAGUGGGAGCGGUUACAGGCUGCAAGGGUCGAAACGGAUUAA